GUUACACACAGCCCCGAAAAAGAAUGGAGAAGGCCAUGUAGAGACUACCGAGCACUCAACAAGCAAACAGUAGCCGAUAGAUAUCCUAUACCGCACAUUCAAGAUUUUACUUAUAGUAUAGAAGGCGCUACUGUCUUCUCAAAGAUCGACUUAGUUACAGCAUACUACCACCGCUUUCACUUUUCUCAAAGAAAUUGAAUCCUACGCAAACGAGAUAUAGUACUUUUGGAAGAGAAUUACUAGCAAUUUACUUGGCAAUAAAACAUUUUCGACAUAUGGUAGAAGGUAUAAAUUUUACUGUUUACAUGGACCACAAACCACUAACGAAAUCACUAAGUGCAAAGCAAGAUAAUUAUUCUCCGAGGCAGAUCAGACAGUUAGAGCUUAGUUCCCAGUUCACUUCCGAAAUACGAUAUAUUAAAGACCAAGAAAACGAAGUAGCUGACGCACUACCAAGAACAACAAUAAACGCGCUUACUACAAAUCGAAUCGAUUAUCACGGUCUGCUGAAGUUGCAAGAGACAGACAUUGAAUUAAACAAGCUAAGAUCCGAUGACAGGACAUCACUAGUAUUCGAAGAUGUCAGUUCGGUAACGCAAAAGUAUUAUGUGAUAUGUCAACAGGCCGACGGCGUACAUCCAUUCCAAAACCAUUACGACGGAAGGUAUUUGAAAGUAUGCACAACAUAUCGCAUCCGGGAAUAAAAGCCAAGAUGAAGCUAAUCAGCCAGAGCUUUGAGUGGACGAAC